UGAAAACAGUUCGAUAGAAUUUUGACGUUUAAUUUUUAUUGACUUUUUUAAGCUUUAGCUUUGUGAUUGUGUCAAAUUAUAUAAUUAUUAUUGAUCACAUCAUAAUAAACAAAAACCUGGAAUAUAAACUCGAAUUGAUUUACGUUUAAAUAAAAAACCACUUGUUAACAUUCAAAUUUUUACAGUUUUAGCAUAUUUUAGUUUACCAAACUAGGUAUGUUUUGGUCAAACCAUGUCUUAUACAGAAUUGGAACAUGGAUAUCAAGGGUUGCGGAAAGCAACUAGACCUGCACAUGCACAUUUUUUUGUGGGGGCAGGUGACCUAGAACUAUGCGAUUCAAGCGAUGUAAGUUUAAGUCCCCAAGACAUGGAUGACGAUGGGGGCAAGGUGGUGAUUGUGGGGGUGUGUGCCAUGGAGAAGAAAACUCAGAGUAAACCUAUGAAGGAGAUUCUUACACGUUUACAGGAGUUUGAAUACAUCAAGGUGAUCGUGUUUGAAGAGGAAGUUAUUUUACAGAAAGUAGUCGAAGAGUGGCCAAUAUGUGAUUGUUUAAUUUCAUUCCAUUCCAAAGGAUUCCCCUUAGAUAAGGCAAUACAAUAUGCUCAAUUACAUAAUCCGUACGUCAUCAACAAUUUACACAUGCAGUACGAUAUUCAAGACAGAAGGAAGGUGUACGCAACGCUGGACGUAGAAGGAAUCGAAAUACCUCGUUAUGCCGUUUUAGACAGAGACAGCCCUGAUCCAAAAAAUCAUGAAUUAGUAGAAUCUGAAGAUCAUGUAGAAGUCAACGGAAUUACUUUUAAUAAGCCGUUCGUUGAAAAACCUGUUUCUGCAGAAGAUCACAAUAUCUACAUUUAUUAUCCUACGUCUGCUGGAGGCGGUAGUCAAAGGCUUUUCAGAAAGAUCGGUAGUCGUAGUAGUGUAUAUUCUCCUGAAUCUAGAGUAAGAAAAACAGGCAGUUUUAUUUACGAAGAUUUUAUGCCUACCGAUGGAACGGAUGUAAAGGUAUAUACAGUUGGCCCAGACUACGCCCAUGCCGAAGCCCGUAAGUCUCCAGCUCUCGACGGCAAAGUGGAGCGAGAUCGCGACGGUAAAGAGAUCCGCUAUCCCGUCAUUCUCAGCAACGCAGAGAAGCUCAUCUCUCGAAAGGUCUGUCUCGCGUUCAAACAAGCCGUAUGCGGCUUCGAUCUACUAAGAGCCAACGGAAAAUCCUUCGUAUGCGACGUCAACGGUUUUAGUUUCGUUAAAAAUUCGAAUAAGUAUUACGACGACUGUGCUAGAAUUCUGGGAAAUAUGAUACUGAGAGAACUAGCUCCUACUCUGCAUAUACCGUGGUCAGUGCCGUUUCAGUUGGAUGAUCCUCCCAUAGUACCGACUACGUUUGGAAAGAUGAUGGAGUUACGAUGCGUAGUGGCUGUGAUAAGACAUGGUGAUAGGACGCCGAAACAGAAAAUGAAGGUUGAAGUUCGUCAUCCUAAGUUUUUUGAAAUAUUCGAAAAGUACGAUGGUUAUAAACAUGGACACGUGAAGUUAAAAAGACCGAAACAACUUCAAGAAAUCUUGGAUAUAGCGAGAUCUUUAUUAACAGAAAUACAGCUCCAUGAGGCUGAUCCAGAAAUAGAAGAGAAACAGGGUAAAUUGGAGCAACUAAAGGCUGUGUUAGAAAUGUAUGGUCACUUCUCUGGUAUUAACAGAAAAGUUCAGAUGAAAUAUCAACCUAAAGGUAGACCAAGGGGAUCGAGUUCAGAUGAUGUGGAUAAACCAGCUGAACCUUCGCUAGUACUCAUCCUAAAAUGGGGUGGGGAACUAACACCAGCUGGUCGAAUUCAAGCCGAAGAACUCGGUAGAAUAUUUCGUUGCAUGUAUCCAGGAGGACAAGGUAGACAUCUGGCUGGUGAAUAUGCUGGUGCCCAAGGUUUAGGUCUGUUGAGGUUGCAUUCUACGUUCCGGCACGAUCUGAAGAUAUACGCUUCUGACGAGGGGAGAGUUCAAAUGACGGCUGCGGCUUUUGCCAAAGGUCUCUUAGCUUUAGAGGGAGAGCUUACUCCGAUUUUAGUGCAAAUGGUUAAAAGUGCAAAUACGAAUGGACUUUUAGAUAAUGACUGUGAUAGUAGCAAGUAUCAAAAUAUGUGUAAGACUAGGUUACACGAACUUAUGCAAAUAGAUCGGGACUUUACACAAGAGGACAGAGAAAAAAUUAAUCCGUGCAAUUCCACUAGUAUAGCAGAUGCUAUAGAAUUCAUAAAAAAUCCUGUAAAAUGUUGUAAACACGUCCACGAAUUAAUUAAAAAUUUAUUAGGAAUAGUGCAAAUUAAAAAAGAAGAUCCGAAAAGCAGAGAUGCUGUUUUGUAUCAUGGAGAAACUUGGGAAUUAAUGGGAAGAAGAUGGGGGAAAAUAGAAAAAGACUUUUUUACGAAAAACAAAACUUUUGAUAUUAGUAAAAUACCCGAUAUCUACGACUGUAUUAAGUACGAUUUACAACAUAACCAACAUACUCUGCAGUUUGAUCAAGCUGAAGAAUUGUAUACGUAUGCUAAAUACUUAGCUGAUAUUGUCAUACCCCAGGAAUAUGGCCUGACAUCCCAAGAGAAAUUGACCAUCGGCCAGGGUAUCUGUACUCCGCUGCUGAAAAAGAUCAAGGCGGACCUGCAGAGGAACAUCGAGGAAACUGGUGAAGAGAACGUAAAUCGAUUGAAUCCGAGGUAUUCGCAUGGUGUGUCCAGUCCUGGAAGACACGUUAGAACACGACUGUAUUUUACCAGCGAGAGCCAUAUUCACUCGUUGAUUACUGUCUUGCGACAUGGAGGAUUAGUCGAUGUUAAAAAAGACGAACAGUGGCGCAGAGCUAUGGAGUAUGUUUCGUGCGUCUCAGAACUGAAUUAUAUGUCACAGAUUGUUAUAAUGCUCUACGAAGAUCCUACGAAAGAUCCUUGUAGCGAAGAAAGAUUCCACAUCGAAUUACAUUUUAGUCCCGGCGUCAAUUGUUGUGUACAGAAAAACCUUCCUCCAGGUCCUGGUUUUCGACCUCAUUCGAGAAACGAGUCUGCUGCCAGUAAGAACGCUAGUUUAAAUACAUCCGAAACGGCAACUCCAGAAGAAGGAAAAAGUAGGUGUUCGCCCAGAAUCGACGAAGAAGCCGAAAUGUGUAUAGAGGAAGAGAAAUAUAUAAUUAAUUCUCCGAAGGAAUUUGAAUCUCCGACAGACACUCAAAAGAUGUCGCCACCUUGUUCUCCGGAAAUAUAUUACCGAGGAAAUGUGAAAAGUAGUAAUCCCAUUCCUAUAGGAAAUUCUCACACUGUAUGCGGCCAUGAAGCCAUGCACCUAGCAAAAUGUCUCAACGAAGAAUUAGCUAACCAAGCUGCCCAGCAGGGUAGUCGCAGUUACGGACUCAACAGAGCAACCAGCCCCGAGUUGGAUCAGCAGCGAUCCAGGAGCUACGACCACAAGAGUCCUUCUAAGGGUAAAGCUCAGAAAUUACACCAAAGUUUGGACGCUGUUAACAGCACAGACAUACUUCCCACUAACACGACUCGACCUGUAGACAAACGAAGGAAAACUAUUGGCGCUUGUGAUGUACACUUACUAAACGAACAAAAUAAGAAUGUUGUUUUGUCCGAAUCAAAUUCUGAACCAAGUGACCAAAAUAUUAAGCCAAGUGACGCAUUAGGUCUGAAAUUCAAAUCAGCAAGUUCUACUAACGAACUGCCACUCACCGAACUCAAUCUGGCGCUGUUCACUUCUAAUUUAGACCAUAAGCACUCCUGUGCAAUGAGCACUAACGAGUUACCUUUAUCUGCGCUGAAAUUCUCUAGAUCGUGCUUGGUUUCGAGACAAAAUACUCUUGACAGCCAAAACGAUGAUCUGUCUAUAGAAGCAAAUUGGAAUACGAACGUGAAAGAAAUAGACGAGAAGGGUAAAAUUGAACGACAUAGAUCCUUUUCCGAUCCAAACGUAUUAGACGGCGAAUGGAUCAGUCAUUCAGACAAAAACUUCUUGAUGAAAAAGUACCGAGAAAGUUUAGCGAAGGAACAACUCACUUCGAACCUAUCACCACCCGAACACGAUCCUUGCCCACCUCUCAGUUUCUAUCCCAAGCAUGACUCCGAAAAUACAUGUUUGCUUUGUGUAAAUCCCCGCACCACGUCUCAUCUCUUGUCGUUCUUCACCUCGCCACCUACGAGGCCCAACACCUUACGAUCACUGUCUCAUCCCGUUCCUUGUGUGACUCCUUGCAUGUCCAACGCAGACUGCAGCCUCAACGUCGUCAAACGCCAUCGACACAGCGUUGUCGGACAGAUGAGCUAUUACAAGAUGUUAGGGUUCGGUUGCGGAGGUCCCUUAGGUUUGAAGAAGCUGGUCAGCGGAAGCGCCAACUCCUUGUUUUCGACGGCAGUCAUUUCCGGUAGCUCCAGCGCGCCGAAUCUCAGGGAUAUGAUUACGAGCUCAUCCAAUGCAACAGCCAUCGAAGGUUUUGGCGGUGUACCUUCUAUAAGACCUUUGGAGACGUUACAUAAUGCACUUUCUUUAAAACAGCUAGAUGCCUUUUUGGAUAGAAUGACUACGGCUCCUAUCUUUCGAACUCCAUCGUCGACACCGCCAAAAUAUCCAUCUACUCCUUUGCCCACGCCGACAAAUGGCAAUAUAUUAGCAUGCGGACUAUCAUUGGACAAGUCACGGCCUUUGAAAUUACAGUCCCCCAGCAACAGUGUGGGUUGGAGUGGACCGCCCAGUCUUAUGUCCAGCAGUGGACCAUCUUCACCCGGUUACUCCGAAAGCACAUCGAAAUGCAGCAGCAGUGAGAUGUCUUCUAGUAUUAUCAGCGCCGACGGUAUUACUGUGGAUAACUUCAACAAAAUGUUUCCGGCAGUGCCGGGAUUAGAUCAAGAUUUAGAAAAUGUUGGAAUGCUGUUGGAUUCGUUUGAAAAAGAUGUUCCUCAAUCGAUAGAAUUUACCGAAUAUUAUGCCAAUAAUAAUAAACCAAAAGGUUCCGAAAGUGGAGAUGUUACUCCAGUAUCUGGAUCCGAAGUUGAUUUCAACACCAAUGAUCUUACCGUCGGUUCUGCUGCUGAUUUCGAUAUUACAGUAACAGAAGAUAUAGAAAACAGUGAAACAGUAGGAGAUAAUAGCAACAGCACGUUAACUGACACAGUAGUUGUUUUAAAUAACAUAUUUAACCACCCCACUAGCCCCAAACCGAUGGAAUCUAACAAUUUAUUCCAGACUCAACCAACAAGCACAAACCCUCUUUCUUCUUUAACAAAAAAUGUGGACAUAUUUACUAAUGUCUUCAAGCUAGACAGCUCAAAACAAAUUAAGGACGCAGAACAGACUGAAUCACUAAAUUCCAGUGAAUUCGAAAGGAAAAAUAUUAAAAUCGUAAAUAAGAAAUCAUCCCUUUUGGAUAGUGGGGUCACAAAUGUCUCUAUAGAUAUACCUAGCACAGGAUCUGAUAAAUGGUCAGCAUCAAAAGAGCAGUUUCUGGAAAAUAGAAAUGUUAAAAGAGCUGAAAGCGUUGAUUGUGACAAAAUUAUGAAAUUGGAACAAGAGCAAGACCAGACAAGAAUAAAACCAGGAGCUGUGUUAGUAAAAGAAAAAUACAUAGAACCGUUAACUCUUUCCAGAGUUUCUAGAAGCUUUCAUGGUAAACCGUCAAUUAGUAAUAGUUUUUUAGAUAUUAAUAAUACUCAGCGGAGGGCUAGCGAUAGUCCCAUUGGCAGUACAUCAACUACAUCAUUUAUGGCUCAAGAUAUUAAACCAGAACCGAGUGUAGAUACAGGAAAGUCUUUUGUAAAACAAAAAUCAUUAGGUAACGCUGCAACACAAUUCAGCACUAAAAAAUGCGCACCAGAAACAAGCAAGUCUGUGUCCGAACUAAGUCAUAUAGGGACCAAACAGAGAUUUACCACCACACGAGUGGACGAAGCUGAACAUGCCGCUUCUAUAGCUACAAAAGAAGGCCAAGAAGGAACUUUCAAUAUAGUUCAUGUGUCUGCAUCAGCAGAUACAAUUCGAUUACCCUCAGACAAUACAAACAAGAAGAAAAGCAAAAGAAAAUAGACAAUAUAUAAUAACUAUAAUAUAAAGUAUAAAAAUAAAAUAUUAAACAAU